CAUGCACCCGCACACUCUUAUAUAAAUGCCAUCAUCUAGCAAACAAAUCUUCAUUCGUUCAUUCACAACAACCAAGUUGAGAAACAAAACAAAACAAAAAAAACCUAUCCCUCUCUCUCUCUCUCUAACCUUUGCUAGAGAGAGAGAUUGAGAAAAAUGAGUAACAACCAAGUUGAAUACGGUGGUUACAUCCACCAUGUUAGUAUCUUGUUCUUCCUUAUUGUUAUGGUGGUGGUAAGAGUGGAAGCAUAUAGUGGUGGUGGAAGUUCAGAACAGUGUGAUUAUUUCACCGGAACAUGGACGGUGGAUGAAUCAUAUCCAUUAUAUAAACCAGCCACGUGUCCAUUUAUAGAACGCGAGUUCAGGUGUGUACCUAAUGGAAGACCUGAUCUGAUUUAUACUCAUUACAGAUGGCAACCACUGUCCUGCAAUUUACUCAGAUUCGACGGACGAAAUUUUCUAGAGAAGAUGAGAGGAAAGAGCAUCAUGUUUGUUGGGGAUUCUUUGAGCAGAAACCAAUGGCAAUCUUUGACUUGCUUGCUUCAUUCUGCAGUGCCCAAUUCCAAUUACACUGUGGCUAGGGUUGAUGAUGUUUCUAUAUUUACAUUUACGGAGUAUGAAGUGAAAGUGAUGCUAGAUAGGAACGUAUACUUAGUAGAUAUUGUCCGAGAGGAUAUAGGCAGAGUAUUGAAGCUUGAUUCCAUACAAAGUAGCAAACUAUGGAAUGGGAUUGAUAUGCUUAUCUUUAACACAUGGCAUUGGUGGUCACGUAGAGGACCCUCUCAACCAUGGGAUUAUAUCCAAGUGGGAAAUCAAGUUAUGAAAGACAUGGAUAGAAUGAAGGCUUUUGAAAAAGCACUCACUACAUGGGCAGCUUGGGUUGAUUCCAACAUCGACCCUACAAAAGUUAGGGUCUUCUUUCAAGGAAUUUCCCCUUCACAUUACAAUGGCACCCUAUGGAAUGAACCAAGUGCAAAGAGUUGUAUCCGAGAAAAGACACCGCUGGCCGGAUCAACAUAUCCUGGCGGAUUACCACCGGCCGUUGGCGUGUUGAAGAGUGUACUAAGCACAAUUAAGAAACCAGUCACAUUGCUUGACAUUACAACCCUUUCACUCCUAAGAAAAGACGCCCAUCCUUCAAUUUAUGGACUUUUUGGCUCAAAGGGAAUGGACUGUAGCCAUUGGUGUCUUUCUGGUGUUCCAGAUACUUGGAAUGAGAUACUCUACAACCUUAUUUAAGUGAUAUUUUUAUAGUAAUUGAAUUGGGGGGAUUUAGUGGAUUUUUUAUAGACAAAAUUUAUAUAGAAAAAUAUGAGUGGCUAGAUAUGAUUUUGAUAGCUAGCUACAUCUUUUGUAUUGGAUUGUGUUCAAAAUUUAAUAAUAAAUAAAUAAGAAAAUUAUUUGGGA